UAGAGCCGGUGGGCUGGGGGCGAACUGCGUUCCUGCUCAGACACAUGGAGACUCCGGGGAGGAGACUUGUCUGAGUCCGGCCCCACAGGUGUCUGUUUACAGGGACCGAUGCGAGUUGAAGGCGUGUUUCCAGUUUACCGCCGUCGGAGCGAACACUGAUUAGAACCGGAGCGCUGCAACACAACCUGUGACCCGGCUGGGAAUAUUCUCAGAAACAUGUAUGAGCCUCGGUAUUAUGACAGCCCCCCUGUGUACAGUCCUCCAUACAGCACCACCUCCCACAGUCUCUACCCCCCAAGAAGCAUCCAUUCCCCUCAGAGUCAGUAUGUCUCCUAUGCCCACCAACCUCCUCCUGAUUCCUGCUACAUGGAGGGGCAACCGCAACACUUCUACAGGUGGUUCUCUCCUCCAGGUUUUGUUAAAACCUUCCAAGGAACCACAGCCGUCAUGUGCUUCAUUAUCUUUGCCUGCGUGGCUUCAACUCUGGUGUGGGACAUGAAUGGGUUUGGGUACGGGGUAUACGGUGUUGGGGACGCGGCCUCUGUGGGUGGAGCCGGCUCGGGUUAUUAUGGAGGCAGCUACGGCUACGGCGGCUCCUAUAUGACGCCGCAGUCGGCCAAGGCAGCGAUGAUUUCCAUGGUGGCUGUCAACUUCCUGGUUUCACUGAGUUUCCUGGUGGGAAGUUUCUCCAGGUCCAGGAUGAUGCGAGGGUGCAGGUUCUACCUCACCAUUUUCAUUUGUGAUAUCAUCCUGGCUGUUCUUCAGGGCAUCAUCGAUAUCAUCUUUGUGAUCGGGGUGAACCCCAUGUCUCAGAGCUCACAAAGCAUGCUGUAUAACCCCAUGCUGAGGAUGUGUCAGAAUAUCCAGGGGACCCCGAGUCUGAGCGGCAGUGUGGGGGCCGGUUUCCCUGGAGGCUUUCCCAUGUACAAUCAGUACCUUUACCAUUACUGUUUCAUGGACCCUGAGGAGGCAGUGGGGUUUGUUCUGGGCCUGCUGGUGAUUGUAGCUCUGUCUAUUUCUGCUUACUACGCGUACAAGACUCGCAGCAAGAUUUGGCGCCAUGGAAAAUCAAACAUCUUGUGGGAUGAGCCGAUGGUCAGGCUGUCAGACGGGCAUGAUGUUCUGGACUGGGUGAACCACGUCGGGGAGGCACGCAGCACCCAGCAGGCGCCCACCGUUGUGGUGUCAGAACGCGCGGCACCCGACCUCAUGGCGGAGAACAGCGGCAGCGGCAGCCACAGCGAAGGGAAGAAGGAAGCUGAUGCUUGUCUAAUCUCCAGCGCCAGGUGCGACCCUGAGCCUGUGUACCAAAACACCAGAGCUACGGUUUGUUCCAGCAGCUCCUACGAGACCGACAGCGUGAGGAAACCUCCUCUUCAUCACACCAACAAGAGGGAGCCUCCUCUUCAUCACACCAACAAGCAGCCGCAGAAACAGCUCAGAGAACCCACUCCUGCUGCUCAGCUGGCGGCCGAGUCCCAGUACGAAACUGGUUACACCUCAGGGGACACUGGUAAUGAGCUGGACUGGGACCAGAGAGAUUACCUGUACAGGCUGUACCCGGCCAUAACCACAGACGAGCAGCGCCGCCAGUACAAGAAAGAGUUCGACUCGGAUCUGGCCCACUACAAGAGGCUCUGCUCUGAGAUGGACCACGUCAGUGACCAGGUGCACAAACUGAGCCGAGAGCUGGACACACUGGACAAAGGCUCCGUGAGGUACCAGGGUGUAGCAGAUGAAUACAACCGGCUGAAAGACCUGAAAAAGACUGAAGACCAUCAGGCUAAGAAGAAACAAAGCAAAGAACUUCGAAGAAAACUUUUCCACAUCAAACAUCUGGUGAAAAUCUACGAUCAAGGCUUCUGUUAAAGAACCUCCAGAGAACACAUUGGCCCUUUGGAGUCAGUAUUAAGUUGUUGCCUCUAUAUAUAUAUAUAUAUAUAUAUAUAUAUAUAUAUACACACACAUACAUACACACAACAGAAACUGUUAUGCCGCACGUGAAGUCAACACAUUCUCUAGCUUAUCUGUAAAAGUGCCAGGAUGUUUUCUGAGACUGAUCUGUUGCUCAGUUAUUUUAGGUUUCCUUCAGCCGACAGAACCAAAACAUACGUCACCAAUGAACGUAGGGGGACGAGUGAAAGACUUACCAUAUAGUUUGCAUGAAUACACUUGAGUUGUCACAUGUUGCUGUGUUUAUUUGGCAUUUCUCAUACAGAUAAAAGUACCACAUUUUCUAAAGAAGCUUUGACGCAACGUCAUGUUUGAUUCUUUUAAUAACAGCCAUAUACAGGAAAUCUGGAGUCUUAGAAAACCCAGAUAACAGAUAAAAAAAAAAUAUAUGUUCCUCUUCAGUCCUCUAAAACAUGGCUGAGCAUUUAAACAGGCCCAGCAGAAGGGUUACAAAUGUUAAAUAUUUCACCUACAAGUGAAGGUUUCAAAAAACAAAGAAAAGAAGAAAAACGAGAGAAUGUGAAGUUUACUACAACAGCAUGUUAGGGCAAUUAGAGGUAGAAAAAUAAGUACAUUUCUGGCAAAAAACUGAAAUUUUGAUAUUAUGCUCAGACAUUUUCUGGGGGAAAAACCCUGUA